UUGGAGUUUUAUCCGUUUCCUUCUCGCGCCAGUUCCGACUCUUAUAAUCUUGCUUGCGAACUCGACGCCUAUCGUCUGCGAGGAUACGAUUCUCCAUUCGUUCUUCACGAAGCGGUGCAAAAGGCAGGAUCUGGUUGCCAUUGUCAAUACUGCCUCUUCUCUAUCUGCGAUAACGGGGAUGGUUCGUACUUCCCACUUCCACUGGGCCCGAGCAAAAUGAUCUUUGCUAAGUAGUCGUACAUGCUGCCCAGUUCCUAUCCUUUCUAUCAGCAUUAUUCUCCUUCAUCGCGGCUAUCCAGAGAAGUCAACAAACCUGAUCGCGCGCCGUCCCCCCCGACUCGUCGCUUGCAGCGGAUGAUCUCCUCGGGCGCACCAUCUUGUAUUAUGCUCUCUGCUCUCUUCCAACAGUGGGGGUGGUAUCUUGUCGUCCUGGUCGUCUGCUCGCUUCCUUGAAUCUCUCCUCACUCACUUCGUCGUCAUUUCAAGCAUCGGAUCCCUGCUGUUGAAGCGUGCGAUUGAUGCGUGAUGUUGUUGUCUUAUCGUCGUUUGUCGGCGUCUGAGAGUUCCAGGUCCGAUCGACGCCUGCCUGUUUUGGGAAAGGUUGCAGGGCAAUCGCGAGCCGAGGCUGUUUAUUUGACUACCUCUUCCAUCUCACAUCAGUCUUCUCUUCUGUCUAUGAGUACAGCCAGAACGACUCAACCACUUAUAAAUAUGAAGAUCGAAGGCAGAACAUUCAUCGUGUCCGGAGGAGCAUCUGGUCUUGGCCGAGCAUGUGUCGAAGACAUUUGCCGGAAAGGAGGCUACGCAGCAAUCCUUGAUAUGAAUGAAGAGCUUGCCGCAGAAGUCGUCAAAGAUAUUGGCGGGGGCAAGACCAAAUUCUUCGAGGCGAAUGUAUUGGAGACCGACAGUAUAGCUGCUGCUGUCAAGGGAGCUUUGGAAUGGGUCAAACAGACGGGAAAGGAAAUUGGUGGGGUUAUUGCUGCUGCGGGUGUUUCUACGCCAGCCAAGAUUCUAGACCGCAACUUGAAUCCCUUUUCGCUGGACGACUUUGACUUCGUCAUGAACGUCAACGUUCGCGGCACUAUCGACCUAAUCCGCCAAGUCCUCCCACACAUGGCAGCAACUACACCCGUUGGGUCCGACGGUGAACGCGGUAUUAUCAUCAUGGUAUCAUCUUCUGCAGCCUUCGAUGGCCAGCCAGGCCAAGUCGCAUACUCUGCAUCCAAAGGAGCUAUUGCCUCGCUUACGCUGCCGUUGACGAGAGACUUAGCGAGGCAUGGGAUUCGGGUGGUGACGAUUGCGCCGAGUUUGUUUGAGAGUCGAAUGACUAGUAUGAUGAGUGACAAGGUUAGAGCGAGUUUGACUAGGGUUAUGGAGUUUCCCUUGAGACCCGGUCAACCGCAUGAGUUUGCACAGCUCGUUACACAGGGUAUUGAGAAUAUCAUGUUGAAUGGGGUGGUGCUGAGACUUGAUGGCGGUAUGAGGAUGCCAAGUAAGAUGUAAUUUUUUGUACUUUAAAGAAAGUGGCCACGGAAUGGCUUCAAAGACAUUUUUGGUCUUGGCACACUGUCCAAAAUUUGCCUAUCUGAAUUCCGCGCUACAUAUGUGUUCCUUCUAGCCAGAAUCCCCCUCAAACGCCAACCAUGCACAUCCAAACGUGCUUCUCCUACCCAUCAACGCCGUUUCAGGUUUCUCGCAGCCCAACAAGAACAGGUUAGUCCACGUGUGACCUUCCUUCCCGCAGCGCAGAUAGAGUACAUGGAAAUUUUUAACUCUUUUAAAAGAGACUGUCCUGCUGAAACAUAAAUGGAACAGUGCAGGGUUCUCUUCUGGAGUUCAACUCGUGUUGAUUAUCGGAGUAUCCCGCAUUACGUUGCGUUGGUGUUAGCGUCUCGCUUAGCUUUGUCUAUUUUGUCACCCGCUAGACCAGCGCGGAAAAGCAUAGAGACAAGCAGAGCGUCGCGUCGCUAAUUCUUUUAGUAUGAUCAAUUGAGAUUUCUGAUCACGGUAGAUUUACUGAAGUAAAUUACUGGUAUAUUGGAAGGGAGGUGUGGAUUUCUUUGGGAAUAAGGUGGUGCAUUUGCUGAAGGAAGUCUUGUCACUUGGUAAAAGGUUAAGUAAUGUCUGUUUGUAGGACUAUAAAAGGUAGAAUAAGGCAAUAGGUACGUGAUAUAAGAAUGAACGAAAAUGAAAGACAAAAAAC